AUGGUUAGCCUCAUGGCAUUUUACAUUUUCACAACUCACCUUUCAGGCAUUAAGAAGAUUGCAAGGGAAAUGGUGAUCAGCCCACAAAAUGCAAGGUUAGGGCUAACUCAACUAACCAAAAGAGUGGGGCUGUUAGAUCAACCGGAUAGCUCAGAUGGUGAAUUAAUAAAAUAUAGGUGGGAUGAUCCUCAUGUAAUUCCUGCCAAUAUGACGCCUGAAGUCUCUGAGCUGUUUACUCGAGAGUUGACAAGGUACAUUGAAGAGACUGAAGAGCUUGCAAUAAAUGCUUUGAAAGGCAACAGGCGCAUACUGGAUAUGAUUGCAAAUGAACUGUUGGAAAAGUCAAGGAUAACGGGAUUGGAAGUUGAGGAGAAAAUUAAGGGACUCUCCAGUGAGUGGGGACCUUUGCCUCAUAAUGAUCGCUUACGAUAUCAACCUCUGGACAUAUAUCCUGCUCCCCUUCACAGAUGCUAA